AUGGAUCUCGAAGAGCCAAGACACGAAGGUGACACUAAACCUCCGGUCAACGCUUUCGUAGAGGCUGGAAACAAGGAGAAGUCGAGUCCGCCGGCGGAUCUCGAGGCAAGUGUCCGUCGAGACGAUACUGUUGAGGGAGAAUCAGUACAGGAGGAGGAUACUUAUCUUCAUGGAUUACCCUUAAUUACGAGCAAGUUCGAUAGCCUUGGUGACGUUGGUAAGUUAGACCCAUCCAUCCAAGCUGGUUCACCUAAUGAUAGUCUUUCGGUAGCAUGGUAUGCAUCGGCCUAUCUCCUCACCCAAAUGUCUUUCCAGCCAACUUUCGGCAAGAUCUAUACCUUCUUCAACCUAAAAUGGGUAUACUUGAUCUCUUCAAUCAUCUUCGAAGGGGGCUCUAUUCUUUGUGCUGCAGCACCGAGUUCAGCAGCCUUCAUAAUCGGUAGAGCCAUUGCUGGACUCGGUGCAGCGGGUAUCUUCUGCGGCGCCAUGAUCAUCAUUUCCAAGAUUGUGGAGAUGAGGAAAAGACCGUUACUGCUGGUCAUAAUCUCCAGCAUGUAUGGCAUAGCGUCUGUCAUCGGUCCCUCACUUGGUGGCGUAUUCACUCACUCUAAGCAACUUACUUGGAGAUUCUGUUUCUGGAUCAACUUGCCUCUGGGUGCUGUAAUGGCUCUCAUAAUCUGUUUUUACUAUCCCCUCUCACUCGGUGAAGCUCCAGAUAGCGACCAUUCCCUCAAGGAAAAGAUACUUGGCCUCGGCCUCAAAAGCGCAGUGGUCCUUGCAGGAGCUCUUGGAGCUAUGACCACGCAGAGUUACCAUCUGCCGUUCUAUUUCCAGGCCGUCAAGGGAGUGGACCCCCAAGCAUCUGGUGUUGACAUUCUUCCCCACGGGGUUACCGUCACAGUAGCUACUCUUAUUACCGGCUCUAUUAUCACUUGGCUGGGGUACUACGUGCCGUUCAUGUGGGCCGGCUCAGCCAUCUUCACAACUGGUGCAGGUCUGCUGUACACGAUCUCACAGAACACCCCAACGGCGAGAUGGUUCGGCUACGAAAUUCUAGCCGGAGCUGGAUUUGGUAUAGCGAUCCAGAUCCCAAUCUUUGCCGUACAGGUCGUAUUGGGAGCGGGUGACAUUCCCCUGGGAACAGUGCUGAUCAUCCUAUCCCAAGCCCUGGGAGGUUCAGUGGGUCUGUCCAUCUCCCAAAACGUUUUCCAGAACUCUCUCCGCCAGAGGCUAAAGACAAUAGCCGGCAUUGACUUACAAGCCGUUAUCGCUGAAGGUGGGACUGGUUUGGAACAUGUCGUGUCGGCUGACUCCCUUGCCUACGUCAGAGAUGCGUUCAGGUAUGCUAUCUCAAAUGCCUUGCUUGUAUCGACGGCACUUGGCGGCGUCGCCUUUUUGGCAAGUAUCGGAAUGGAGAGAAGGAGAAUCAAGUCAAAGAAGGAAGGAGGUGAAUGA